GGCACGUCUUGUGCAUGGAAGUAGUCACUCAAGUCGAGAAACACAUUCAAAACCAACAUUGACUAUUUUCGUGAUUGAACCAACUAGGCCAAACCGCAAUCCAGACAAAUCUUAAGAUGACUCCCAAAGACCACAUACGCAGCUGGACCCGCGAGGUCGACAACACCAUCUACACUUACUCAACCGACCCAAACCUAGUUGACCUCGCCGCCCUCAACGCCGCCCUGGCUUCCGACACCGUCUGGUGGGGGCGAGACCUGCCAGAGGAGGCGUUGAAGCGGAUGGUAGAGCACUCAUAUAACUUUGCGCUAUAUGUCACAGAGAAGGGAUGCAGUGAACAAGACGACUCCAGCCAGCAACCACCCCAAAAGCAACAAAUGAUCGGUUACGCCCGCCUAAUAACCGACUACGUAACCUUUGGCUACCUAACCGACGUCUCUGUGCUGCCCGCGUACCAAUGCAAAGGGCUCGGCGCCUGGAUGAUGGAGUGUCUCAAUGAGGCGCUGGAGCAGUGGCCUGAGCUGAGGCGGGUCAUGCUGUUCACGGGCGACGCGUACGCCGCGAAGCUGUACGAGAGGACGCUGGGGAUGAAGGAUACGAAGGAGAGUGGGGGAAAGUUGAUAAUUAUGCAGAGGAGGGGGCCGGGGGCCGUAGCAAGGAAGAUGGGGGAUUAAGUCAGUACGGGGAAGAGAGACACAAGAGGGAUUUGGUUCAAUGGUGGUAUAUCAUGAGACAAACGAGUUAGUUAUGUUUUCUGAGUUUG